UUCAUGAGAAAAAACAAAACAAAAGAGAUGAGCACGAAAGUUUCCUCUUGAAAACAGAUCAGCUUCCUCCAGUCUCUGCUGACGCAGAUUGGGUGAGGUGGGGAGAGGGGCAGGAAUGGGCAAGGGCCUCCAAUAGUCCUACCCUGGGCAGCUGAGAUGCAGAGCGCGAUGCCAGAUUCACCAGGGGCUCACCUUAGAAGCCACCAUGCUCUUCCCAGGGCCGGGGUCUUGCCAGUCAUGGACAACAACUUCACCUCCUGGCUGAGCCACUCCUCCUGGGAGCGGCGGAGGGCAUGGGCCAAGCCAAGUGUGGCUGUAGAAGAAGAGGGGUCCCAUGCUGAAGAGGAAGCAUCCUGCACACCCGAAAAAGCUCUUGAACCCUCAUUCUUGGAGGAUGGUUUCUUGCAAGGGAGCUCAUCCAAUAAGAUUGAGAGCUGGCUGCAGGAAUGCAGCUCUUCACUGGACCCCUUCUCAGAGAGCAUCUCUGCUCUGGGUGCCUAUGCUGGAUCCUGCAGCAACAGAACCAGCUUUGAAGAUGACCUUAGCCUGGGAGCAGAAGCAAUGGUGCUACUGGACAGAGACAGAGCUGAGCCUAGCAGGUCCCAAAAACAUACAUUCUGGCCUUCCCAACAUCUCAAUCUGGAUCACAGCAUGACUUCCAGUGCCUUCUCAGGCAGCACUAACAAAACCAGCUCAAGCAUCUCUGAGGUGCUGGAUCUCUAUGAAGCUGAUGCUGAGACCAUCUUGUGCAACCUGGGCUUCAUACAAGAGGAGACACAGGCUGCAUCUUGGAUCCCAUCUCGGUUCUUCUCAGUUCCCUCCCAAGCUGAGGGCAUUGAUUUCCAGCUCUUCCUCAGAGCCCAGGUGCAACGGUUAGAGAUGGAGGAUCCUUGCUUGAUGUUAGCAAGUCGGUUCAAGCAAGUCCAGACUCUGGCUGUAACGGCUGAUGCUUUCUUCUGCCUCUACUCUUAUGUGUCUAAGACUCCCAUCCAAAAGAUUUCCCCUGCCCACUUGUUCUGGGCUUUCCCAGACAUCCCAGAUUCUUGGAAUGUUCCUUCCCAGCCUGAGUCUCUGCCUCCUCUCAAGCGUUUGCAAAAAGCCGUUUCCACGAUGUGCUUGUACACUUCCACCCGAGGAGGGCCUCAAGGAGCUUCUGCUGUACCAUCUUCUAUGAGUCGUCUGGAACAGGUAGUGUGGGAAGUGAUGGAAAAAGCCCGCAGAGACAAGUUCCACUUUGAUGUGGAAGGCGUGAAGGAUGAGACUCACACAGCGCUCCCUGAAGUCCCCUUUCAUCAUGGCAGAAUGGGAAGUGACUCUUCAGAGUCCACCAUAGUGGAGCUAUCUCCUGUGAUUUCUUCCCACUUCUGCCCUCAAGCUACAUCUCAUUCAAAGUUGGAAUCGUGGCUUUCUCACUGCAUGGGUGGAGAAAGCAUGGAGGGGCCAGACCACCUUGGCCAUCAAGAACUGUACUGUUAUGGACACCAUUCUCUAGAAGUGGUUUCAUCUCCAGAGGAAAGCAGUGAAGAAUCCCUUGGGGAGUGGUCAGCAGAAAGGGACUCACCCACCAGAGGGGAGAACGGUAUGGACAUCUUGACAGAGUUGAGGUAGCACAGUGGCUAAGAGUGUGAGCUGUAAGCCAGAAAGCUGGCAGAUCAAAUGCUUGUGAACUGCUACAUGUUAUCUGCUUCAGAGCCACCCAUGUUAUCUGUGGGUGCUAAAUUGUAGUGACUUGCCUUUAAAGUCACUAAAGCAGGGUUGGCUAACCCAUGGCCUGUAUCUAGCAUAACAGAAGAUAUUUGUGGCCCCAAGACCCUACUCCAUUUUGGCAUUUUAAAAAAAUUAAAAGGCAAAUAACUUUAUAUAAUAGGCAAACUUUGAUUAAAAGGCAAAUAACUAGAGCAGAACCAAUGAAGCUGGCAAGGAGGAAACAUGGAGUGUAGCGGAUGGUUUGUGGCCUUAAAACAAUGACGAAGUACCUGUGGGAAAUUGCUCAGUGUUCCCCAUAAAGCAUUGCUCACACUGGGAAGCGCGCAAAUUGGUGUAGGGGUCCCGGAGCACACUGGCUUUUAGCCAGGACUUCCUGUCUUGGCUCAAUGGCUUUUGAGGCUUGCUCAAGACAGUGUGUUUCCUCCAACAAUUUCUUUUGUCAUCUAGCUCAAAUAUUGAUCCAAGAGAUUGUCUAAUUAAACACU